AUGGCAACGACCAACGGCUCCCCUCUUUCGUCCUCUUCCGCCACCAUCUCUGCUUCUGAAGCCAACAAUCCUGGCUGCAACCCCAACCCUAACCGUAACCUUGGUUCCAGCUCCAGCAACACGAACCAGUCCUGUUGGGAAUCCUUCUCCAAUGCCCAGUCCCGCAUCUACGCCCUCUCCUCUCUCCUCGGCUCCCCUAAACUCAUCGCCCUCGCCGAAUCGGACUGUCCCGCUCGCUCCCUUUUCAACUCCAGUGAUGCCUACUUCGCUUUCUCCGCCGCGUUUUCCCACACCUCCUCUGGGUCGGGUGACGACCCACUCUGCCAGUGGCUUUGCGAGGCGUGCCAAUCAUCAGAUCCCGACCUUCGCCUCGUUGUCCUCUCUUUAGUCCCCCUUCUUUCCGGCUUCUACCUCUCCCGCAUGGUCACUCUUUCGGGCUCUUUCGCUUCUGAUUCUGCGCCUGCACUUGCUGGUUUCGAAGCCGUAUUUCUCGCGCUCUAUGUCACCGGGGUCAAGGCCAGCUCGUGCAAACCCCACCUUAUCUCGGUUCCGGAUCUAUUGCAUCCGUUGCUCUACCAUACUCCGUCGGAGGGCUCUGCUUCAGCGCAUAAACCUACCAUUGGUCUGCUCUCUCUGCCAUUAGAGCCGCAGAUCGCCGUAAAAUCCACCAAGCGUGCUUGGAUUGUUGGAAUUGCACUUGAUUGCUACCACCAAAGGAUCCGUCGCAUGCCUCCACUUUCAAAGAUUGUUUUUUGCGAGUUUGUUUCGUCAUGGGCUGGCCAAGAUUGUCCCUGUCGUUAUGACUUUGAUGAUGAUGUGAAUUUCUUUUCAUCGCCAGAGAUGAGAAACUGUGGUGAACGGGCUUCGCGAAGGUGCUCAAGAGUCCCACUGCCUUGGGAACUCAUGCAGCCGGUCCUAAAGAUUUUGGCUCACUGCCUUCUGGUUCUAUUGGUUCCACCAGAGGUGAGGGAUGCAGGUUCAGCUGCUAUCCGCUGCGUAUAUGCUCGGGCCUCACAUGAUAUUACACCCCAAGUGAUUCUGGCUGCUCGGAGUUUGAUCAAGCUUGAUAAUAUGAUAAGGAAGACAGCCAAAGGGCCUGCCUCAAACCCAAGUACUCCAAACAAACCUAGGAGGUCUGAGUUAGACUUAUGGAUCAUGGCUGAAUCUGCAAGUUUUUAA